AUGGGUGGUAAAUUCCAUCUAAAGCUAAAUAUUGGCGAGAGACCGAUAGCGAACAAGUACCGGAAGCGUUUGAGGUCAGUCGCAUCUUGCGGAACUCAGCCUGGCUUCUGCCUGGUGUACUUUCCGUCGGAUGGGUCAGCGUCAGUUUCGACUGGAGGAGAAAGGCUUGGGGAAGCGCGCCUUUUGGCCGGGGUUCGCGCCCUCGUGAAAGGUUGGGAUCAUGUACUUGUGCACCAACGCCCGGAGCAGACCUUCUGUGACGCAUCUGCGGCAGAGCGCAUAUGUUGGGACCCGAAAGAUGGUGAACUAUGCCUGAAUAGGGUGAAGCCAGAGGAAACUCUGGUGGAGGCUCGUAGCGAUUCUGACGUGCAAAUCGAUCGUCAAAUUUGGGUAUAG